GCACAACGCCGUGUGUGUGUGUGAAAAAAAAAGAUGUCAAUAGAGGUUGCUACUGUGGGGAAUUGGAGGUGGACGAUGAGAUGAAGUCUGUUUUGGUGCAUCUGGGACAAACAACACUCAUCCUGCCUCGAUUCUCCCAUACCGAGCGAUGUGGUCUACAUUCGCACACAUCCCCGGGGAUCACCAUCGCCCCUGAUACACCCACGUUCGCUGACAGUCCCCAUCUCUGAUUAUUUUAUCGAUUUGCAUAAUGUAAUUUCAAUGUUUACCUUGUUUGCACGUGUCACGGUUUUCAUUUCACGCUGUUACACGGUGAGCUCGGCCGAAUAAUGACGCUCGCAAGGCAAUACACGAGACAUUACAAUCGAGUCGUAUGCAUCGAGUAGUGCGUGCAGAAAUCCACCACUUAUUUGUAUGCGCAUGUAACAGUCAGGAGUAUAGCCGAAACUAGACCAAGCGUAAGAGACGGACACUACAAACAAGACAGUACCAACGAGCCAAACAUUUGUUUUUAUUAUUCAGUCAAUUUGGGAGAAUCUGCUAAGUCUUUGGGGGAGCUAGUUGACAUAUCCCUAACGAAGGCUACACGGUAGUUGCUGAUAGACCCCACUGGGUCUGGCUGGUUCCACUCGGGGCUCAAUCAGCAAAACGCAGCCGAGAUGAACACGCUGAGAUCAACGCCGCAGUAGCGUAGCCGGCGGCGGCAGCGUUACACGCCGACACGAAAGGGACAGGCAGAGAAACGGUGGAGAUGCGGAGCGAGUGAAUGGGGAGGGAGAGGAAGAGAGGGAAGGGGAGGAAGAGAACGGGCGAGAGGAGACGGAGACGGGGUGAGAGAGGCGUGGUUUUGGGGAGCGGUGUGGAGACGGAGCGGCGAGAGGCGCACAUCGAGCCACGCGCCACUGUGGACUCGGUGCGCGGAGUGCGCAGGUCCCGGGCCAGAGAGUGGGGCCACAGGACACGAGAGGAGUGGGGGGUGGGGGGUGCUGCACUGAGGAACGGGGCAAGGAGGGAGAACGAGGAAGGGGUACGAGGUGGGAGCACGACGGUGGCGGCUCGAGGAAGCUGUAAGUGAGGGCGGGGGGCUCCUCUGCACCCCCCCCCCCCGCUAUUCAGUCUUCUCGCAGCUGUUUCACGUAGCCGGCCACCUCGCUCCUCGAGCCGCCCCCACGCGCGUUAAGAGCCGCGCGGCAUCGCGGGCCGCGCUUUGAUGGCGCCACUCGCACUGCUGCCGCUGCUGCUCGGACUGACGGGAAGCAAACCCGGCUCGUCCCAAGGCGUGUACGCCCCCCCCAGUGCGCGGAUCCUCGCGGGGGGCCACGCGUGCCUCCUCCGUGACGAUGGCUUCAGCGAGUACGCCUAUGUCAUCAGAGAGGGACACUCCCUGCAGCUCACCUGCGUCGUCUCGGGGCACCCACGGCCACAGGUGAGGUGGACCAAGACGGCGGGCACCUCUUCGGAGAGGUCCCAGGAGAUGACAGUCUACAACGAGACGAUGCGGAUCAACGACAUCGGGCGCACACAGGGAGGCCGCUACUACUGCAAGGCGGAUAAUGGAGUGGGCGUCCCGGCGCUGCGCUCCGUCCGUGUCGAGGUCUACUACUUGGAGGAGCCCCGGCUCACAGUGCACCAGUACGCGGCUGCCACGCGCCAGUACUUCUAUGCGGAGCGCACCGUGUUUCUGCGCUGCGAGGCGCGCUCCAGCCCGGCGGCGCGGCACACCUGGCACCGCGGGGCGCAGCCUCUGCAGCAGGGCGCCGACAGCGGUGUGGACAUCUACGAGCCGCUGUUCACGCAUGCAGACACGAACAUCCUCAAGCUGAAGAAUCUGCGUGCGCAGGACUACGCCAACUACACAUGUGUCGUGUCCGUGGGCAGCGUGUGCAACAUUCCGGCUCGUGCGGCUUCUUUCCCGCUCACGCGCACUACUGCUCCUCCCGUCCUGGAGCAUCCCGCGUCGGAGCAGCUCGUGCUGGAGCCAGGGGAACGCGUGCGUCUACGGUGCGCCGUCAUAAAGGGCGACCCCAUCCCCUCGGUCACGUGGUCAAGAAGCCCAGGGGGUCUCCCUCCCACGUGCCUCAUUGGCAAAGACAACUUGACCAUCCAGUCAGUCCGCGAGAGCGACUCGGGCACCUACACUUGCCUCGUUAGUAACGGUGUCGGGGGAGCCGUGCGCAGAGCCAUCAACGUCACAGUGAGAUCGCUCCGUCGGGGUCGCUUCUGGAUAACACCUGACCCAUACCACGAGGACGACAACAUCCAGAUUGGACGAGAGGUGAAGAUCUCGUGCCAGGUGGAGGCCGUCCCUAUCGAGGAGCUCUCCUUCACGUGGUACCGCAACGGGCGCAUGCUGCGCUCCUCCGACCGCCUCCUGAUCUCCAAAAGUGACUCGGACUUCGCGCCGGGCACCUCGAGCCUCGACAUCAUCGACCUCAGGUUCACGGACUUCGGGACGUACACGUGUACGGCGCGGCUGUCGCGCGCGCGCACCCUAAGCGACAUUAGCAUGGACGUCAACAUUUCCAGCAGCACGGUGCCACCCACGAUCAGUGUUCCACGUGGCCGCUCCCCCGUGGUGGUGCGGGAGGGUUCUAUGGCUGAUCUGCAAUGCAUCGUUUCCGGGAAGCCCAAGCCGGUGGUGCUCUGGUCGCGUGUGGAUCAAGACGCCCUCAUGCCAGACGGGGCCCUGUACACGGAGAGCCAUGACGGAUGUCUACACCUCACCAACGUGACACGAGACAUGGCAGGCUCUUAUCGCUGCCAGACGGGCAGAUUCAACGGCUUCAACGUGAGCCCCCGGGAAGCUACCGUCCAGCUCGUCGUGCAGUACCCCCCUGUGGUGGAGCCGCCCACCGCCGUGCUGCGCCAGGGCUUGGGCCAGAGCGUGAGCAUGGAGUGCCGCGUGCUGCGCGCGAACCCGGCUCGCAUCAUCGCCUACGAGUGGCGCUUCAAGGGCAAGGUGCUGGCGACGAGCCGCCUUGACUCGGGUGGGUUUCUCUCGAGUCACAGGAUCUCAAGCCUCUCGAACGACGACUAUGGGAGCUACUCGUGCAUCCUGGCCAAUGAGGCCGGCUCCACCAGCUGCGUGUUUACCCUGACAGGAAGGGCACAUGCCCCCGAAUUUUACUACGACAAUCCGUCGCCAGUCCACCUACAGCAUCUCUGGGUCUACUCAUACCUGGUGCAGUGGACUCAAGCUGAACCCACAGCUGUGGACCCAGUCACUGAGUACCGCCUGGAGGUGCGACAGGGUGGGCAAGGCUCAUGGCAGAGUGUGCAGGUGGCCAUAGCCGACCCUGUGCAGAGAGGAGACCUGCUGAGCCACAACCUUGUGGAGCUCGCUCUGCCGCACGCGCACCAGCUACGCCUCACUCCCUUCACCUGCUUUGGGCCCGGGGACUCGGCCAUGCGCUGGAUCCGCUACUCUGAUGGUGAGGCUUUCUGUGGGUUUGAGGAGCUGCUGCUGUGUGGCUUCAUGCAGGACACGCAUGAUGACUUUGACUGGAAGCAGCGCCGUGGGGCAGGAGAGUGGCCGAGACCUACUCCUCCCCCCAGGACCCACAGCUCACCCGGGGUCCCUGGCAUCCCCGCGUCGCCUAAUUUUUCUGCCACCACUCGUCCGUUUGGUCUAUCGGCAUCCCCAGCCUCUGCCACUUUCACUGAUCAACGCUUCCAGUCGAGGCUGACUAAAUUGCGAGGUAACCUGAUGUACGCGGAGGCCUCGCAGCAGGGCCAGGCCGGCCAGCGAGCUCGUCUCAUCAGCCCAAUUUAUAACAUCAGCGGCAGCGACACGAUUCUCAAAUCCGCCUGCCUGGAGUUCAAUUUCCACAGCCGUGGGAACAGCUCGGGAAUGUUAAAUGUGCUUGUUCGAGUUGGGCCCAAUCAGGACAGGCAUGUGUGGGUGUCCAAAAGCCGGCACAUGGAGGAAUGCCUGGUACAGCUUCCUGUCAACCCUGCUGGGCCCUUUCAAGUUGUAUUUGAAGCAGUGAGAGGGCCUGGCGGACAAGGCAGCUUUGGGAUUGAUGAUGUGAGCAUCUCGGAAGGGGCAUGCCCACAGGAGAAACAGGAGGCAACUCUUAACUGUGCAAGGGGAGUGCCGGCAGUGGCCCUCUCUGCCUCGUGUCUGCCUCUGCUCAGUAUCGCCACCGCCUGGCUGACGCUUCGGUGAUGGGAGGACCAACACCAACGGUUUCCUUAUCGGACGAGUUGGUGAUUCACAAUGUCAAGCAUCCGCAUGAAUACCUCUGACCACCUGGUGGAACUCUAUAUGAGCAGCAAUGUAUUAUAAUGGAAUGAAAAAAUAAAUGUACAGCAUCAAUACCUCUCACGUCACGGAUUAAGCAUAAUUCCGAGAGCAUGUGUGGGUUUGCAAGAAGAAAAAACGGGAAAUCUGAGCAAAGGAACAUCAAGAAUUUAGUGCAAGCAGGGCAUUUUAUGCCUCUUGUUUAAUGCACCGUAGAUACCCCUAUUGCCUUCUGGUUAUUGCAAAUGUUUUAUAAGACUGAUAGACACAAGAUUACAAGAACGAGUGAUAUCAAAGCACUUUUAUGCAACGCUCCAUCAUUCCGGUUGGUUUAGUUUUCCUAAUUAUUGUUGUUUGCAAAGUGAAGCACAGCAUUUUUACCGUCAUUACAUAAUUUUUAAAAAUAUAUUUGCUAUUACCAUCUGCACGAUACACAUUUUGUAGUGUGUCCCUUUUUGUAUCCAUCAUUAUAGAGUACUGAACCCACGUUUAAAUUUGCAAGAGACUUACCGUGUCCAUAGGCUGUCGUCUGUUAAGGGUUGCCGAGUGUGCAGGACGGGCUUUGACCACUCUGUAUGCACAUCACGUGUCCAAGACUGCCAAUGUACACCUGAAAUUCUGCACUUGAGAGGCAAACUGGGCAGAAUUGUAACACUCUCAACCCCACUGACUAUAAGGUGGCCAGGAGAUAGCAAGUACAUUUAUUUUGUUUGUGCAUAUAUUGAGUGUUAUCCCCUCUUAUGCUUGGGUUUUCUCUAGAUCUUGGCCAAAUAUAUUUCAAUGUUUCCUUCCUGAAAAAUGAGCCGUUUCCAAAUCAAACGAUCGCAUUAUUACUACUACUACUACAUCAGAAGAGGCUUGAGAAGCAAUGUGUGGUGGUAUUUAAUUCUGACAAGACUCACGACUAGCUUGGCAUGAAGCUUACACAUGUUCUCUUAUCAUUUUACCUGCAGCGAGGGCUUUAGACAAGGCAAGGCAGUGAAAUUAACUGAAAAUUGAGCUGCAUGUAUUUAUCGCCAUAUAAGUCCACUUUAAAUGUGUGUACGUACAGUUUUGAAGCAAGAUUAUGGCUUACAUCUUACAACGUGAAUUGUAUAAUGCCCAUAUAGAAUGCAUGUCACACAAUUUGUUAAUAUACACUCUUACGGUCAUAUUUAUACUGUAUACCACAGUAACACUUUAUAUCAAUCGUGCACUGACAAACACAAUCCUCAACAGUUCUUCAUGGUUAUGUCUCCAGGCGUGUUGCUCCUUCUGGGCAUUGCAGUGGCCUAUCUGCACACCUUUCCACGCUCCACGCAUGUCCAUGUGAAGAAAAGCGAUCCUGUUGACAAGUAACAACUCCUGUGUGGCAGUUAGUAUUCAGCGCAGCUCAGGCUGGGCUAAUGCGUGCAUUUUCUGUGACCAUUUUAAAUACUGCUGUUUGUGAAAUGGUUGAAAAUUGAUUCUGUAAAAUGUAUUUUUUACUUCACUACCACAUAUGCUAAGCUGAUUACAUUAUAGUGGCACGCAGUUACAUAAAUUAAUUCAUUAUAUAUAUGAAGUGGGCUCAAACGAGCAACGGAAAUGUGGGUAUAUUAUCUAUAAUAGAGUCUUCGAUUCUCAUAGAAUAAAGUACAUGUGUCUAGGCAGCG